CGGCCGCGUGAGGACCAGGCGAUUUGAAAACACGCUCCGGGAGCGGGAGGCUGAGGCCGCAGGCGCACGCUGUCGCCCCGUGGGCUUCUGCUCGGACGCUCUUCCCCUCCGCCCCGCGCCCCGGCCUCGGCCGGGCCCUCAGCACUCAAGAAUGACCAAAAAGAGAAAACGCCAAGAUGAUUUUCAAAAAGUAAAACUAAAAGUUGGUAAAAAGAAGCCCAAGUUAGAAAAUGCUACUGUUACAAACUUUAAAACGAAGACUAUACAUCUGCCUGAGCAGCUCAAAGAGGAUGGAACACUUCCAACAAACAAUAGAAAACUUAACAUAAAGGAUUUGCUGUCACAGAUGCAUCACUACAAUGCUGGGGUUAAACAAAGUGCUCUUCUUGGACUUAAAGACCUUUUGUCUCAAUACCCAUUUAUAAUUGAUGCACACCUUUCAAACAUAUUAAGUGAAGUGACUGCUGUGUUUACAGAUAAAGAUGCUAAUGUACGAUUAGCAGCAGUUCAACUUCUUCAAUUCCUGGCCCCCAAAAUACGAGCUGAACAAAUUUCUCCAUUUUUUCCUUUGGUAAGUGCCCAUCUCUCUAGUGCCAUGACUCACAUUACUGAAGGAAUUCAGGAGGACUCCUUAAAAGUUUUGGACAUUCUGCUGGAACACUACCCAGCUCUAAUUACUGGCCGUAGCAGUAUAUUGCUUAAGAAUUUUGUAGAACUUAUUUCUCAUCAGCAGCUGUCCAAAGGACUGGUAAAUAGAGACAGAUCCCAGUCCUGGAUACUUUCUGUAAAUCCUAAUCGGAGACUCACUUCUCAGCAGUGGAGGCUGAAAGUCUUAGUGAGACUCAGUAAAUUCCUUCAGGCCUUGGCAGAUGGAUCCAGUAGGUUGAGAGAAAGUGAAGGACUUCAGGAACAAAAAGAAAAUCCCCAUGCCACUAGCAACUCCAUUUUUAUCAACUGGAAGGAACAUGCCAACGACCAGCAACACAUCCAGGUUUAUGAAAAUGGGGGUUCACAGCCAAAUGUCAGUUCACAGUUCAGGCUACGGUACCUGGUUGGAGGACUAGGCAGUGUGGAUGAAGGCCUGUCAUCUACUGAAAACUUGAAAGGAUUUAUUGAGAUAAUAAUUCCGUUGCUAAUUGAGUGCUGGAUUGAAGCUAUGCCUCCACAACUAGCUUCUUCUGUUGGAAAUGGUAUAGAACGAGAACCUCUGCAGGUUAUGCAGCAAGUUCUUAAUAUUAUUUCCCUUCUGUGGAAACUCUCUAAACAACAUGAUGAAACCCAUAAAUUGGAGUCGUGGCUUCGAAAGAAUUAUCUUAUUGAUUUCAAACACCAUUUUAUGAGUCAUUUUCCAUAUGCCUUAAAAGAAAUAACCAAGAACAGAAAGAAAGAGACAAAUAAAAGCAACAAGCAUUGCAUGAUUCUCUCCAAUAAUGUAGAUCAUCUCUUACUGAAUUUAACACUGUCUGAUAUCAUGGUCUCCUUGGCAAAUGCCUCAACUUUGCAAAAGGAUUCCAAUUGGAUAGAAAUGAUAAGGAAAUUUGUGACAGAGACCCUUGAAGAUGGCUCUAGGCUAAAUAGUAAGCAGCUGAACAGAUUGCUUGGGGUAUCGUGGAGGUUAAUGCAGAUACAACCACACAGAGAAGCUACUGAGUCUCUCAUAAAGGCAGUUUAUACAUUGUAUCAGCAAAGGGGCCUUCUCCUUCCAGUUCGGACUUUGUUACUGAAGUUUUUCAGUAAAAUCUAUCAAAAAGAAGAACUGCGAUCUUACAGAGUCAGAUACCGUAGUAAAGUGAUAUCCCGUUGGCUGGCUGGUUUACCAUUGCAACUCGCUCAUCUGGGCUCCCGAAACCCUGAGCUCUCAACACAGCUUAUUGAUAUCAUCCAUACUGCUGCAGCACGAGCAAAUAAAGAAUUACUAAAAAGUUUACAAGUGACUGCUCUCCGAAUCUAUGAUCCACAAGAAGGCACUGUGGUGGUUCUCCCAGCAGAGUCUCAGCAGCGUUUGGUCCAGCUUGUAUAUUUUCUACCCAGUCUGCCUGCUGAAUUGCUUUCUCGGUUAAGUCGUUGCUGUAUUAUGGGAAGACUCAGUUCAAGUUUGGCUGCCACGCUUAUCGGGAUACUGCACAUGAGAUCAUCAUUUUCUGGAUGGAAGUAUUCAGUUAAAGACUGGUUGAUGAGUGAUGUGGACUAUUUCAGCUUCUUAUUUUCAACACUUACAGGGUUUUCAAAAGAGGAGUUGACUUGGCUUCAGAGCCUUCGAGGAGUUCCUCACGUCAUCCAGACACAGCUUUCCCCUGUGCUUCUUUAUCUUACGGACUUGGAUCAAUUUUUACACCAUUGGGAUGUAACAGAGACAGUUUGUCACAGCUUAUUGGUUAUCCCUGCCCGAAGCCAGAGCUUUGACAUCCUGCAAAGUGCCAUCAGUAAGCAUUUGGUUGGGCUGACUGUGAUUCCUGACAGCACGGCUGGCUGUGUUCUGGGUGUUAUCUGUAAGCUCCUGGAUCAUACAUGUGUACUGAGUGAGACUCUACUGCCGUUUCUGGCUUCGUGUUGCUACAGUCUUCUUUAUUUUUUGCUCACUUUAGAGAAAGGAGAAGCAGAACAUCUAAGAAAGAGGGACAAGCUGUGGGGGGUCUGUGUCUCCGUCCUGGCUCUCCUGCCUCGAGUCCUCAGGCUGCUGCUGCACAGCCUGCGCGUGAACAGAGCUGGGCCUGAGGAGCUGCCUGUUGUGGGCCAGCUCCUUCGCCUGCUGCUUCAGCACGCACCCCUCAGGACUCAUAUGCUGACCAAUGCCAUCUUGGUGCAGCAGAUCAUCAAGAAUAUCAUGACGUUGAAGAGUGGAGGCAUUCAGGAGCAGUGGCUCACAGACUUACAUUAUUGCUUCAACGUGUACAUCACUGGGCACCCCCAGGGGCCCAGCACGUUGAAUGCGGUGUAUUGAAGUAGCACCAUAGCACCUCCCGUUUGAAACUGUUUAUUCACAUCUAUCUAAUUUUGAAGAGAGACUGAUGUAAUAAAUGUUUGUCAUUAAAGCUGAACUUUUAAAGAAGUUGUUUGUGAACCUUCCUUUGCACUAAGGUAAUAAUGCAGGCCGGCUUCCUGGACUCGAAUGUGGGACGUGGUUAUAGGUGGUAGUGUAUUUUGCAUUUCACAGGAACUAAAUAUUUACAAAAUACAGAUUGAUAAUAUGGUAUGUUCUAUUAUUUACUAAGAAAUUAACUGAAUCUUUGUGAUCCCAUCUAGGCAAACCUCAUUCUUUGUUCUCAGCUUCAGUUCAUUCAGACAGCAACAGAACUAGUUUUUCCUUUUGUUUUGUUUGGAGUCGUUGCCCUUCUCCAUCAUGACAUUCAGCGGCUCCCUGUGGAUGGCACUCUGUUGUUUACAGAGGUUUCCCAGCCUCCGGGCAGCGGCAGGAUCUUAGUGCUGCGGUUGUUGUGGACUUUCCUUGACCUAACAGUGCUUGUCUGCUGUAGGUAACUCUGCUUUCAAAUGAUUUUCUGCCAAUGAUCUGUUAUAGUUCUUGAAAAAUUGCCAACUAUAUGUAGUGAUUUAUAUGAUAUUUUCAUAAUUAUGAAAUAAUUUAAUUAGCAAACUGAAAAUCAAAGUAAUUAAGUUAACACUUUAUUGCUGUUUCUUUCCUAUUUCUGUCAGGAUGGGGGUGGCAGUAAUCUUAAGAAAAUGGAAGCAGUCCUAGAAAUAUUUCUGAGCAAAUAUAUCACUGUUUAUGCCUCCUGUCUACAUUCCUUCCUACAGUAGCUUUGCCCUUAAAAAUGUGAAAAAGCCGGCAACCACUGGAUUUUAUUUAAACCAGGUCUUCUUAGAGAGCUAGAAUGUGUACAGUUAGCACAGUUUCUGCUGCCAAUAGGGGAAUGGCAUUUUGACAAGAUUGCUCACCUCUGCAGGUGAGGCAGAAAAUACAAGUGGAAUGUUAAGGCCUGAACUGGUAUCUUGUGCAUGAAUGGUCUGGUCUGUAAACCUGCUCGACUGACUCCUUUGUGCCCGAUGCUGCUGGUGGUGCUCAGCAAUGAGAGCGCCGUUCACAGAGAGCACGUGGCAGCAGCCUGUGGCCUUCACAGGCUAACACGGGAACUGUAAACGUAAGGAAUCAACAGUAUGCCUGUUAUGGUCUUCCAGUUUCUAAAAGCAAAUGCUGGAUCAUGAUUCUGGUCUAAAAUUUAAAACUAAUAAUGUUGGAAUAACAGGAUUUGGUAUCUGUAAUGAAGUUUGUUGCCCUAGAUUCCGGAAAAGUGGUGAAAGAAGGCAGCUACUAUAGGACAGGCUCCUCCCCUUCUCGUUCCGCUUCUUCACUGGAACCAAAAAACCAGGCCUGCACCAGCUGGCUGGCAGAAAUCCCAACCCAGCAGCCCCUUCAGCACUCAGUUCUUCAUGUUACUUAGACUUGACUGUUAAAUUAUAAGUUCUUUCCAGCCACAGUUACUGAAGUGAAGGCAGACAACUGGGCAGUUCUGCACAGGCAUAGUCGCCCCUGGUCC